AGAACUUAAAUUCGUCUGUAUAUUUCUGAAUUUUAUCGAAACAGCUGUUGUUUAAUUUUGUUGUGAAUUUACAAUUUUAAAAUUUUAAACCAAAAAGAAUGGACUCACAGACAAUCGUUCGAAACGAGGAUUCCAUGCUUCGGCUUAAGAUCCGCAGCUAUGCCAAAGAGCAACGCCAGAUAUUUCGUACGAAUGCAACAGAUGCCUUGCGCUUUGGCUUGGGGCAGAUCAAGAGCGAAAUUAGCGAGCUGGAGAAUUUGAGUGCAAAGGAUGUCUGUGGACUGGCUGCAAGGAUCAAGAGACGCAAGCAUGCCACAUCGGAGGAUAUGUACCGGUUGAGCCAUGCCUUCCUACAGGGAAACGAGAAUAUCAAUACAUUCUCUGGGAUCCCGGGAGCCAUACAGGUGCUUGUUAAGGAACUAAGUGGUCCAAACAUGCAACGUCAAAUCGAUGCCGCCGAAUGCUUCUGCAACCUGUCGCUGGGCGAAGGUCACGUUUCGGAGAAGAUCACAGCGUUGGCGGGCAGCUAUUUGGUAACAUAUUUGGAUGGAAAGGAGGAGCGGCUAAAACGAAGCUGUCUUUGGACACUGGCCAACAUGUUGGCCACUUGCGAGAAGGCAGCCAAAACACUGCUGCAAAUGCAGAUACUCCCCAAAUUGUGGAAACUCUACACAGCGCCCACCGAUGACUUGAACAGAUUCCAGGAUGACGCUGGCAUUUGCUUGUACCUGAUUGCCACCCACGCAGCCUGCACUGUGAGCGCCGUCGAUCGCAGGUACAUUGUCGAGCACCUGCAGGAGAAGCUCCCAACAGAUCAAGGCAGCGAAUAUUAUAUGUAUAUUAUCCAUCAACUGAAUAUCAUCUGCUCAGAAGAAGAUCUCUCCGUGCAGCAAGCUGAAAGUCUGGUCAACUUCUUUGUUGGCAAUUUAAAAACCGAUUGGGACUCAUCCGCCGGCGGCAGCAUGCGCAUCUACUAUGGUGUCCGAGUGAUGGCCAACCUGUUGGCCAAGGGGGACCCAAAGCUGCUCGGGUGCUUGGCGGAGCCCGAGAACUUUGUCAAUGCUCUAAACCGGCUGUUUGCUCUACAAGAUUCCAAUCUUAGAUAUGACUUGAUGCGAUUGCUUAAGAAUUUCCUAUGUCUAAACAUUGUGGACAGCAAUUUAUUGUUGGAACAAUUAAAAGUGUACGCAUAAGUAGUUUCGGUUAA